GCGGGGAUGGCGUUACGAGCGUGUCGCAGCUGAAGGGCGCCACGGAUGAGUGGAAGCUGCAGCUGCUGGAGGCGCUGGUGACGGAUGCAUACCUCACGUGCGCGCAGCUGAAGCAUAUUGUCCGCUGCUUUGAGGGUCGCGACGCGCGCACGGAGGCCAUCAUCCAGGCCUUCGGAGUGCUCACCGACACGGAGAACUUCUACGCGGUGUUGGAGGAGCUGGAGCCAGCCAGCAGGCAGCAGGUGGAGUCCCGGCUCGGCAAGGUGCGCAUGUUCUUCCCCGAGAACCCCACCGGCCGCUACACGCUGAUGCUGAGUCAGCUGCCGCACCAGUGCAUGGCCAAGCAGCUGCUGCAGCAGUACAUCCUGCAGUACGACGCCAAGCUGACACACUUCCCCGACCGCAUCUGCUUCACAACCUGCAUCAUGGAUGGGGUGCCCACGGACGUGUCGGACCCGCACAAGCUCUACCUCCCCCAAGAGGGCAUCCUGGAGUUGUGUUUCGUGGAUCUCCGCCCGCCUCCCCCCGGCUCCCGCAGCCUCUCCCGGCAGCAGUUUGCCGUACUGAUGUCGCACCUGGUCAACGAGGAGAAGCUAGACCCAGUGGGCCUUGCGCGCCACAUUGACCAGCCGGGGUUGGGUAUUGCCGUACAGGCGUUACGUCGCUGGGAGGCCUGGACGCGCAACCACGUGAUCUCCGCCUUCGUGCCCAACCUCUGGAGCGCCACGCAUGAGAUACGCAAGAGGGAGGAGGCGGCAGCGGAGGCGGCAGCGGCCGCGGCCGCUGCCGCGGCGGCGGGGGCGGCGACGG